AGCUUAUAUAUCAUCAAACGUCAGUUACGUGAAAGAAAGCAGCAUUCAUUCGAAUCUUGGAAAGGCUUCCGCUAAGCUCCGCUGGGCUGAAUUCACCCGGUUAUUGCUUUCUAGUUCCGAACAUUUGCUAAGAUUUACUUAAAUUUGUUAAGAUUGACAAAGUUUUGGAUUCCCACAAAGUUCUCUUCCUGUCGCAUGCCAAAAGAUUUCCCGCCUAAAGUCGUUAGAAGCCUAACUACCUAACCGCAAACUAUAGCCUUGUUACUUCAGCUCCCUACAAGACAACACUCAAAACGUUUUCUCCAGCUCAAUCUUCAGCAAAUCUCUCUCUCUCUCUCGCAGCUAGAAGAAAAGCAUUCUCCUGAAACAUGAUGAGACCUGGUCAUCUUCCAGUUUCGCAACCACAGGGUAAAGUUGCCAAGAAGGAAAGAGUGGCUUCUAAGUCUCGGGUGUUUCCAUUGUCAGAGAAAUGGACCCAUGCCAUUCCCGUGGUCGUCCUACUCAGCUUCUUCAUUCUCUGGUGGUUCUCUCGUCCAGUGACUGUGGAGAUCAAGGAUGGCAGAAUUGUGGCCAUACAUCCGGUCGAAAUGCCAUUGUCUCUUAAUACUUCUCAGAUUGAACUCGCCAUCCUGGUGUCUGCUACAUCACCAAUUGCCUCAGUCCCACAGAAUCUCACAGGGAAUGGAACUGAAGCACGUGUAGUGACCGAAAGUAAUUGA